AUGCACUCGUCCACCGCGGCGGUGCACGCGGGCGAGCGCGACGGGCGGCCGCGGGUGUCCGACUCGCUCACCACGCCGAUCGUGCAGACCUCCACGUUCACGUUUAGGGACAGCGACGAGCUCAUCGCGUACCAGGAGGGCUCCUACGGCUCGUUCGAGUACGGGCGCUACGGCAACCCAACCACGCGGGCUUGCGAGGAGAAGAUUCGCGCUCUCGAGGGCGCGGAGGACGCCCUGCUGUCCGCCUCCGGCAUGAACUCGUCGACCACGAUGAUGCUGGCGCUCGUGCCGCCCGGGGGGCACAUCGUCACGACCACAGACUGCUACCGGCGCACGAGGCAGUUCAUCCAGACCGUCCUGCCCCGCAUGGGCGUGUCUGCGACCGUGAUCGACCCCUCGGACUACGACGCGCUCGAACAGGCGCUCAAGGACCACGACGUGUCGCUCUACUUCUCCGAGUCCCCCACCAACCCCUACCUGCGCUGCGUCGACGUCCCGCGCAUCUCCGCGCUGUGCAAGGAGCACGGGUGCGUGUCGUGCAUCGACUCCACCUUCGCGACGCCGAUCAACCAGCGCGCGGUGGACCUCGGCGCGGACCUCGUCAUCCACAGCGUCACCAAGUACCUCGGCGGGCACAACGACGUCCUCGCCGGCGCCAUCGCCGGCAAGCGCGAGCUCGUGCAGGCGGUGCGCGCCAUGCAGGGGGUCCUGGGCGGCGUCGUGGACCCGCACGCCGCGUGGCUCGUCAUGCGCGGGAUGAAGACGCUCGGGCUGCGCGUGCGCCACGUCAACGAGAACGCGCUCGAGCUCGCCAAGCGCCUCGAGGCGCACCCCAAGAUCGCGCGCGUGUGGUACCCGGGGCUCCCCAGCCAUCCGGACCACGAGAUCGCCAAGCAGCAGAUGCACGGGUUUGGCGGCGUGGUGACGUUCGAGGUGGACGGCGACCUGAAGCGUACGUCGAACUUCAUCGACGCGUGCAAGCUGCCGUACAUCGCGCCCUCGCUCGGCGGCGUCGAGUCGCUGAUCGAGCAGCCGGCCAUCAUCUCGUACUGGGACCAGGGCGCGGAGGGGCGCGCGAAGCUGGGCAUCAAGGACUCGAUGGUGCGCUACUCGUGCGGCGUGGAGGACUUCGACGACGUCUGGGCGGACUUCGUCCAGGCGCUGGACUCGAUCUGA